CAAAACAAAGGAACAAGCAACUUUUAUUUCACUAAAUCACAAUUCAUUUACCUGAAGAAAUGACUCUUAUCUUUAUUUUUAUUUUUCUCUCAACGUGUGUUUUACUAAACUGUGGUGUGUUUGGUGUUGAAGAAAUUACAGUGUCAGUGAUGGAGGGAGAUUGUGUCACUCUAUACACUGGAUACAAAAAAAAACAACAGGACCGAAUUAGAUGGUAUUUUAAUGACAUUCGCCUCACUCAGAUCACUGGAGAUCAGAGUAAGAUCUGUACAGAUGUUCACUGUGAUGAGAGAUUCAGAGACAGACUGCAGCUGGACAAUCAGACUGGAUCUCUGACCAUCAUGAACACAAUGACCUCAGAUGCUGGACUUUAUAAACUGAAGAUUUUCAACAGCCCCAGCAGUGAAAAGAUCUUCAAUGUUACUGUUCAUGAUUUUGAAAAGAAGACCGUGUCAGUGAAGGAGAGCGAAACAGUUACUUUAUAUACUGGUGUAGUACAAAACCCAAAUGAUUUGACAUGGUAUUUUAAUGAUGUUCUCAUCGCUGAAAUCAAUGGACUUCCUAAUAAGAUCUGUGCAGAUGUUCAGUGUAAAGAUAGUGAUGAGGGAUUCAGAGACAGACUGAAGCUGGAUCAUCAGACUGGAUCUCUGACCAUCACAAACACCAGAACCACAGACUCUGGAUUAUAUCAACUAAAGAUCAACAGCAACAGAUUCAGCAUCAUAAAGAGCUUCAAUGUUACUGUCAAUGGUUCACAUGUAGAAACUCGGGGUCUAAUUUUAGCUGACAUAACAGCUGGUGGUGCAAUCCUGCCGGUGCUGGCCAUGACUGUUUUUGUUGGUGUGAUUUACUGUUUCUGCUGGAACCAUAAACUUAAAAGACAGAAGUUGAAGACACUGCUAGUGAUGGAGGGAGAUUCAUUUACUCUAAACAGUGAUGUUGUUGAACUACAGAAAACUGAUCAGGUACACUGGCUGUUUGGAGAUGAAAACACUCUCAUUGCUCAAAUCAAAAUAAAGACUAGAGAUAUCCUUACACAUGAUGAUGGUACUGAUGGAAGAUUCAGAGACAGACUGAAGCUGGAUCAUCAGACUGGAUCUCUGACCAUGAUGAAGACCAGAACCACAGACUCUGGACUUUAUCAGCUAAAGGUCAUCAGAAGUAGAAACACUUCAAUUGGAUUAUUCCAUGUUACUGUAUUUGAUGAAGUGAAGUCAGUGUCAGUGAUGGAGGGAGAUUCUUUCACUCUAAACACUGAUGUUACUGAAAUACAGACAGAUGAUGUGAUUCUGUGGAAGUUUGGAGAUGAAGACUCUCUCCUAGCUAAAAUCAAAGGAGGGAAAACGAAGAUCUCUUCAAAUAGGAUAUUCAGAAGCAGACUGAAGCUAGACAAGAAGUCCGGAUCACUCACCAUCAGAGACAUCCGAAUAACAGACUUUGGAGAUUAUAAACUACAGAUCACCAGAAAAGGAAAAAUCACAUUUAAGCAAUUUAUUGUUACUGAAUCUGUUCAGAUUCCACUGCAAACGGAAGAAAUGACUCUGAGGACAAAAAGGUGCCUUUCCUGAGGUUUUCAGCAGCUUCAGUAUGAAACUACUGUAUAUAUUUCUACUCAUAUGAGCAUCUGAAAGGAGCUCUAGAUGUGUUUGAUAUCGACUCUUGUGCUCACAUUGAUCUAUAGAUCCACACUGGUUCUUAUCUGAGGCAAAUCUAAUCUAAAUACUGUAGUGACUCAUGACCACAGAUGGAGCAGGAGCAGAUUAUUGCUCUCAGUGAUAUUGGUUUAUCAUUAUUGGUUGACCAUGUCGUUUUUUCAAUUAAUUAAUUAAUUAAUUUAUUUAUUUAUUUAUUUAUUUGUUGUUGUUGUUUUUAAUCAGUACGACUGUAUUUGUUUAUAUUAUGUUUUUGUGUACAUUCAAAUAUCAACAAAUAUCAAAUUAUUAAUAGAAUGUUUUCUUUUUGUUUUCUGCAUCUUUAUGUCUGGUUUGUCAGCAACACAUUUUUGACCUGCAGUCUGUUUUUGUCACACAGUGCUGCAGACUAAUACUGUAGUUUACUUGGGUUUGUUACUUCUUUCUGUUUUGAUUUCUAAUUGAUUAUUAAUUGCUCUUUGAAUUUAUUUUACUUUUGUUGUUUAUAUUUUAUGCAGAAUUAUUUUUAAUAAUUUUAGGGAUAACUAUUUUUAUUUGUAUGUCCAGUAAUUAUCAUUCAAAUUAACUUGUUAAUUACAUUUCCAUGCAUUUUCCAGGCCUAUAAAUCACAAUUUUAAAAUUUUAUGGCAGAUUUGAUCUGUCUGAGAUAAAAGCAAAUUAAAACUAGCAGUGGUUUGUUAUGCUUUUCUAAAAAAAAAAAAACAAUCCCACAAAUUGAUAACAAAGUUACAUACAUGGCUCUUAUUAAGACUUUAAUAAUUUUAAUAAUGGGAAAGUUAUUUUUUAUCAUUAAACUUUGACAAUGUAAUUGUAUGAAAUACGUGAAAAUUUCAUGUCAUUUCAUUAAUAUAUAAUUUUCAAAUAGGUAAUUUUAAAGCAAUUUCUACUUUUAUUUUUUGAAUAUUGCAGGUCUCUAGCAGACCCUUUUAUUUUGACAUCCCUUCAGCCAU